AUGUAUGUGACAAAGCCUGUGUCUGUGUAUAGAAGGUCUCCUGAGUCACUGUCGUUGCCACCACCGGCAGGUCCAAAUUCUGGUUAUCUUGUUCUCCAUGACGACGAAUCGGUGGAGAUAACAUACUGCGGAUGUGACGACGUUACAUUCAUCCCAGUGCUUAAUCAGCCCUUAUCUUCCAAUAGAUACCAUGUGAUACUUCGGAGAGGGAACCAUAAAGGGGAAGCGUGCACAAACUCAAGGGAAGAGGACAUGGAUAUUGACUGUUGCGGUUGUACCAAUGUUCCAGAUGCUAAACCAAAACCACUGGAACCAUCAGACGUAAACCAGCAAGUUGAGAUCGUUCCUAGGAGGGUCGUAUCGUAG